AUUAGAUCUUCCUUUGACAUCCUGAAACCAGAUGACAUGGAUAAAAUUAACCAGACAUUUCUGCUAGAAUUUCUUCUUCUGGGUCUUUCUGGUUACCCAAAGAUUGAGAUUGCUUACUAUGUUCUAAUUCUAAUUAUGUAUCUAGUGAUUCUAAUUGGCAACAGUGUUCUGAUCAUAGCAAGCAUCUCUGAUUCCCAUCUUCACACCCUCAUGUACUUCUUUCUGGGAAACCUCUCUUUUCUGGAUAUCUGCUAUACAUCUUCCUCUGUUCCCUCAACUUUGGUGAGCUUAAUCUCAAAGAAAAGGAACAUUUCCUUCUCCGGAUGUGCAGUGCAGAUGUUCUUAGGAUUUGCAAUGGGAUCAACAGAAUGUUUGCUCCUUGGCAUGAUGGCUUUUGACCGCUACGUGGCCAUCUGUAACCCUCUGAGAUACCCUGUCAUCAUGAGCAAGGUGGUGUAUGUACUAAUGGCUUCUGUGUCAUGGCUCUCUGGCGGAAUCAACUCAAUAGUACAAACAUCUCUUGCCAUGCGAUUGCCUUUCUGUAAGAAUAAUGUUAUCAAUCACUUCACAUGUGAAAUAUUAGCUGUUCUCAAGCUAGCUUGUGCUGAUAUAUCCCUAAAUAUUAUCACCAUGACAAUAUCAAAUGUGGCAUUUCUAGUUCUCCCACUGCUGAUCAUUUUUUUCUCCUACAUGUUCAUCCUCUACACCAUCUUGAGAAUGAACUCAGCCACAGGGAGACGCAAGGCCUUUUCCACCUGUUCAGCACAUCUGGCUGUGGUAAUUAUAUUUUAUGGUACCAUCUUGUUUAUGUACGCCAAACCCAAGUCUCAAGAACUCCCUGGAGAAAACAACUUGCAAACUUCUGACAAGCUCAUUUCCCUGUUUUAUGGUGUAGUGACACCUAUGAUAAAUCCUAUGAUCUAUAGCUUGAGGAAUAAGGAUGUGAAAGCUGCUGUAAAAUAUUUGCUAAACCAAAAACCUAUCCAAUAA